AUGGUUGAAGCUCAGAAAGAAUUGAAAGUGGAACACAAUGCUUCUAGACGAGAGAAAGUGGUCAACGCCAGUGUCGAAGACGAAGCAGUUAUCGAUGGUGUGGAUCCCGUAUACGCUGCCAAGGCAAGAGUACUGAAUCGAGCUAUACAAGAUAUCGGGAUGGGCCGGUAUCAGUGGCAGUUGUUCUUCGUCAUCGGAUUUGGAUGGGCUCAAGACAAUUUAUGGCCGAUUGUCACUUCACUCAUCUUGACACCUGUCUCAAACGAAUUCAACCCUUCAAAGCCACCUCUUCUCACACUCGCCCAGAACAUCGGGCUGUUAGCGGGAGCAAUUUCCUGGGGAUUUGGUUCGGAUAUUUUUGGCAGAAAAUGGGGUUUCAAUCUCACCCUCGGUAUCACAGCUGUUUUUGGGAUGAUCUCGGCUUCUUCUCCCAACUUCGCUGCCAUUGGAGUCUUCGCAGCACUUUGGAGCUUUGGUGUGGGUGGGAAUUUGCCAGUAGACAGUUCUAUCUUCUUGGAGUUCUUACCUCAAAGUCAUCAAUAUCUGUUAACAAUUUUAUCGAUUUUUUGGGCCUUUGCGCAAUUAUUGGCAACUUUGGUCGCCUGGCCGAUUUUAGGUAAUUUGACCUGUCAAACCACUGUAACAGCAUCCAUUUGUACCAGGAAGGAGAACAUGGGUUGGCGGUACUUUGUUAUCACAAUGGGAGGAUUAGCAUUGAUAAUGUUUUUCAUACGAUUUUUCGUUUUUCACAUAUACGAAUCACCAAAAUACUUCAUGGGAAAAGGUCAAGAUGAAAAAGCAGUUGAAAUCGUUCAUGAAGUAGCUAGAAGGAAUGGGAGGUCAUCGAAUCUGACUUUAGAUGACCUUAAGGCUUGUGAAGGAUUAGGUGGAAGUGAUCAUCAACAACAACAUGUGGACGCGAAGGUAGCGAUCAAAAGGAAGUUAGAGAAAUUGAGUACAAAACACGUCAGAGCUUUAUUCACAACUAGAAAGUUGGCAUUCAGUACAUCUAUGAUAAUGGUUGUAUGGGCUUUUAUAGGUCUGGCAUUCCCGUUAUACAACGCCUUUAUCCCCUUCACCCUUGCGCAUAAAGGAGCGGAAUUUGGAGACUCAUCAACAUACAUCACAUAUCGAAACUCAUGCAUCAUCGCAGUGUUAGGUGUGCCAGGAGCCGUGUUAGGCGGCGUAUUAGUAGAAGUCAAAUGGAUAGGCAGGAAAGGUACAUUAAGUUUAUCAACGUUAUUGACCGGAAUCUUCAUAUAUGGAUCGACAACCGCGAAAAACUCAAACUCCUUACUAGCCUGGAAUUGCAUGUACUCGUUCUUUUCAAACGUGAUGUACGCAGUCCUGUAUUCUUAUACACCCGAGAUCUUCCCUACAAAAGAUAGAGGAACCGGGAAUGCUCUCACUGCUACUGCAAAUAGAGUCUUCGGUAUUAUGGCGCCGAUCAUCGCCAUGUUUGCGAACUUGGAGACCUCGGCACCUGUUUAUACCAGUGGUGGACUGUUUAUAGCAGCUGCUUUCAUUGUGCUAAUACUGCCCUACGAAUCAAGAGGUAAAGCUUCGCUAUAG